CUAUCUAAUAAUUACAAAAUUAGUCCAAAUCCUUGUAAAUUCCUGCCGUAUCCGUUAGCCUGUCAUUCCCAAUUGAGACCCUCCCCAUGUCGGACCUGUCCAAGCUCGUUGUCACCUUCGCCGUGGGCUCAGCAGUGGGCGUCGCGGCCACGGCCCUGGUCCUCCGUCAGCCCAAGAGCGUGAAGGCUCUGCCCAAGCUGUACAUCUACGACCACUGCCCGUUCUGCGUGCGUGCGCGUAUGAUCUUCGGCUUCAAGAAGGUCCCCCACGAGCUGGUAUUCCUGGCCAACCACGAUGAGGCCACACCCAUCGGCCUCGUGGGCUCUAAGCAGGCUCCGAUCCUGCAACUAACCGAUGGCCACGCUUUUCCCGAGAGUAUGGACAUCGUCAAGUACGUGGACGAGCACUACGGCGGCCCGGUCGUGCUGGCCCCGUCCGCGGACCGGCCCGAGAUCAAGCAGUGGAUCAAGGACACGGCCGACGUGUUCCGUCAGUUGUACCACCCACGAUUCCACGCUGCUCCGUUCGCCGAGUUCGCCAUGCUCGAGAGUCGCGAGUAUUACCGCAAGAAGAAGGAGAAAACCAUUGGCCCGUUCCAGGACGCGCUGGACAAGACGCCGGAGCUCGUGGAGCAGGCCAAUAAGUAUCUGGAACAGCUGGCCCCUAUGUUUCACUCCAGCCACUCGGUCAAUGAGAAGCUCAGCUACGACGACAUCGACCUGUUCGGCCGUCUACGUGGUCUGACUCUCGUGCGCGAUCUGGAGUGGCCCCCGAAGCUCCGCGAGUACGUCGACUACAUGUCCGAGAAGGCCGACAUCCCGCUACUGGACAACAUGGCCGUGUACUGAGUUAAUUGGCGGUGACGAUUGUGAACCAUGCACGUCGUUGACGAAAUUGAAGGGAAUUUGCCAGUUUUUUUUUUUUCAUAAAGAAAUGCUUUAAAUUCUCGCAAAGAUGGAUAGAUAUUGAAGACUAUCGUGGUGGCUGCAUUAUUCACGACACGGAUGAGAUCUCAAGAGCGCCAUUGUCGCCAAGAUUCAUAGGAAUUACGUAAGUAAUAACGAUCAGAAUGCAACUUGCAGUCGAAAGAAAACCAAUUUGCAUUACAUUUAAUCUAGUCAAUUUAAACUGAGCUAGAAUUGCUUUCGUAAUAAGGAGCGAGCGUUUACGAUUCGGCCAAGUACAUGGUUAGAGUUGGUGCCACGAUCGUAACCCCGAAUAUGAAGAAAAUAGCC